AUGGCAAGUAAAUGGUUACUCACGUGUCGCCCAGCCGAAGUUGAAGCUCGUACACCUUCGGAUAUUCAAAUAUCACGUAAAGUGAAACCAAGAGUGAUUUCUCAGUUAGCAUCUGAGAUUGGUAUCCUUGAUGAUGAACUUGAAAUGUACGGAAGAACUAAAGCUAAAGUUUCUCUUGACAUUUUAAAGCGAUUGAACACUUCCGACGGAAAGUACAUUGUUGUGGCAGGUAUCACUCCGACACCAUUGGGAGAAGGCAAGUCAACAACUACUAUUGGUCUUACUCAAGCUCUUGGUACUCAUUUGAAAAAAAAUGUUUUUGCUUGCGUGCGUCAACCAUCGCAAGGGCCUACUUUCGGGAUAAAAGGUGGUGCAGCAGGAGGAGGAUAUGCUCAAGUUAUUCCUAUGGAAGAUUUCAAUCUUCAUUUGACUGGUGACAUACAUGCUAUCACUGCCGCAAACAAUCUCUUGGCUGCCGCAAUUGAUGCAAGAAUUUUCCACGAGAGAACACAAACCGAUGACGCCAUGUUCAACCGUUUAUGCCCUCUCGAUAAAGAAGGUAAAAGAAAAAUGACACCAACACAAAUUCGUCGUCUUCGUCGUGUGGGAAUUGAUGAUAUCACCGAUGGUAAUAUGCUAACAGCUGAACAAAAAAAUAAAUGGCUCCGUCUGAACAUUGAUCCAGACACAAUUACUUGGAACAGAGUGAUUGAUACAAACGAUAGAUUCUUGAGAAAAAUCGAAAUCGGUCAAGGUCCCCAAGAGAAAGGAAUGACAAGAACUGCUCAGUUUGACAUUACUGUGGCCAGUGAGUUGAUGGCUAUACUUGCCUUGUCAACUUCUUUGGGGGAUAUGAGAGAAAGAAUUUCAAAAAUUGUUGUCGCUAAUGACAAAGAUGGCCAUCCUGUUACUGCUGACGACAUAGGAGUGACUGAUGCUCUUACUACUUUGAUGAGAGACACCAUCAGACCAAAUUUGAUGCAGACAUUGGAAGGAACACCGGUAUUUGUUCAUGCUGGACCAUUCGCGAACAUUGCUCAUGGCCAGAGCAGUAUUCUUGCAGAUAUGCUUGCCUUGAAACUUGUUGGAAAAGAAGGAUAUGUUGUAACUGAGGCUGGGUUCGGUGCUGAUAUUGGUAUGGAGAAGUUUUUCAACAUUAAAUGCAGAUAUGGUGGCUUCAAACCGAACGCCGUAGUACUUGUGUGUACCGUGAGGGCCUUGAAGAUGCACGGAGGUGGUCCCACUGUUACUGCCGGUGCUCCCCUGAAACCUGAAUACUUGAACGAAAACUUGGAGUUGGUGACAAAAGGUUGCGAGACAAAUCUGGCCAAACAAAUUGAAAAUGGAAUUGAGUUCGGCGUUCCUGUAGUUGUUUGCAUCAAUAGAUUCGCUACAGACACUGAAAAUGAGCUCCGCCUCGUCAAAGACUUGGCACUUGCUUUGGGAGCUUCCGCCGCCGUCGUCGCUAGCCACUGGGCUGAAGGAGGCGCUGGAGCUGUUGAACUGGCAAAAAGUGUUGUAAAUGUGGUUGAAGAGAAUGAAAGCUCGACUUGUGUCAAGUUCUUGUAUCCACUCGAGAUGCCUUUGAUAGAAAAAAUGCGUAUUAUCGCACAAAAAAUUUAUGGUGCUAAAGACAUUGAAUUGAGCGAUGAAGCUAAACAACGCCUGGAAAAAUUCACUAAACAAGGCUUCGGAGAACUUCCAAUUUGUAUGGCUAAAACUCAGUACUCACUCUCUCAUGAUCCAGCUUUGAAGGGAGCUCCAUCAGGGUUCUGUCUCCCAAUUAAAGACAUUCGUGCUUCUGUUGGCGCUGGAUUCAUCAUACCAAUGGUUGGCGAAGUGACGAGAAUGCCUGGUCUUCCUACUCGUCCAUGCUUUUUCGAUAUUGAAAUCGAUCCAGUCUCUUUAGAGAUUGACGGUCUUUUCUAA